UACAAGGACAAACACUUACCUUCUCUUCUUUUUCCUCCAAAAACCAGAAGCUCCCAUCGGCCUUAAAAUACACAAUCCACCUUGAAAGUAACUAGGAACGUCGGGAGAGUUUGUAUUCCAUUCUUUUUCGCUCUCUGCCCUCUUUUAGCGUAGGAUUAAGUCGCAGAGCACGUUGCCGCAUGCUGGAGCCCCCCGCCUUAGUGAAUCGGUCACGUUUAGGACCCUCUAAGUCCACCUAAUUCUGCCAGUAGAAUUGAGGGUAUUGGAUCUCUAAACUUUCAAAAGGGAAGGGGCCUGCGACUCUCCAGAAAACUUAAAAAUACCCUGAAGUUUUUUGCGAUUGAUUUUUGUACCACCUCACCAAAUACGAUUUGCUCUGAAAUUAAUUUUUUUUUAAAAAAAAAAAGUAUUUCUUAGAGAAAAGUGUAUUUUUAUUGUUGUUGUUCGGCGUCUGCUCAGCAAAGCGUUACUUAGAUGAAGUAAAGAGCAAGUUUGUAUAGGCAUUUAACAGAAUGCCUGCAUUUUCCAUAAUAUGUCCUGUGCCACGUGUUUUCAAAAACAAACAAAACACUACCACACAGAAAGGAAGGAGACAAAAAUUUGAAUGAAAAUGUUGUGAAACAACUUUAGAAGAAGCAUCUAUGUGAAAUUUACUAGUGUAAAUUGUUCUCAGAUUUUGAAAAGUAAGCUUUUCUAAGUUAACAGACUUGAUUUUUACUCUAUAAUCACAAAUAAAAAGCAAAUUUUCUGCUUUGUAGUGUUUAGUGGCCAUCCUGAUGGGUGUGCAUGGUCAAACCAUGUUUAAAUCUAAUCACGAUGUGAUUUGCUGAUGUCAUGAAUAUGAAAUGAUACAUAUCCAUACAAAUCAAACUUGUGAUUUUUUUUUUAAUCUCCCGCUUUUUUGUGUGUUCCCAGUAGCUGAAAGUGGAAGACAGUGAUUGGCUCCAGUGUUUCUCGGAGGAUUUGGGCUGGAGCCAGGGGAAAGGAACCAGACCAUCCCACUGCUCCUGCCUUCCCUUCCCUUCCUUCUCUCCUGGGUGCUUCAGCUGCCCUUAGAGGCGGCUGACAUGGUCAACCAAUUUAUUGAAGAAACCCCCUGGCUUUUGAAGAAUAGUACUUCAUACAUCUGGAUCUGCACAUCUAGGCAAACUAAGUUCAGAAAUAUCAGUUCAUUCUUUAACCUCAGGGAUGUGUCGGUCUUGGGAGGAAGAAGGAAACAUGUAGAUGCCUGAGUUGCAUUUAUGCUGUAGUUGCAAACACGGAUGAAGAUUUUGCCGAAUUUUGCCCAGCAGCCAACUAAACAUCCUGAGAUCCUGCAAGUGCAAGGGGAAAGCCUCUCGCUCUCACUUGGCAAUAUUUUGGAUAUUCUUGAAAAAUGACAGUAAGUCAUGCUAGUGACUAAGAAGAGGUUAAACCAGAUUGAUAUUCAUCCAGAGUGAUUUUGUUAAAACAGAUGCCUGGCUUGCAUGGGGAAAAUGGUAGCUGUGGAAGAUUCAUCUAAACUACCAGCCAAGCCAUCAGCCACCGAAAUGGUCCGCACGGCACAUCAGCACUUUCUUCUCCUCGCUUUCAUGUAAAACUUCUGCGAGCACCUUGGGGCUUUACAUUUUCUUCCUUUGCUGCAGAAGGAAGUAAUCUGUUCCCUGGAAUUCUGCUCUGAGGAGACAGGACCCUAAAGUGUGUGCUGGGCGCUCUAGAACGACCCCACCACUAGUCCAGGCUGGUUAAUCUGAAAAGUGUACACAUUUCUGGCUUAUCUAUGCUUUGUUAUGGGUCUGACGUGAAACUACCUCCUCCCUACCCCACUCGCCAGCAGAGAACAGAAAUCCAGUUGAAUUGUUACGUGUUCCUGAGCUGGAGCCUUGAACAGCUUUCUUGGUCAAAUAACUUUGUUUCUGGUUGUAAAAGGGCGUUGGGGGUGGGGGUUGGGGUGGGAGAAGGAAAAUCGAGAGAAAUUGCAAACGUAAGUCUGUGUUGGGGUGGUUCACCUCUCGGUUUAACUUUGGAGCUCCCAGCCUGUCUCCUUCCCCACUCCCAUAAGGGAAAUACCAGGCUAUUCUGGCACGUUUUCCCUUAAGCUUCAUUUUCCAAAGAAAAGAGGGCUGGGGUAUACAUCUACUUGGGUUUGAUAAUGUUUUUAAAAUGCUUUCCUUUGAAACGAUAAUAGCUGGAUCGGUAAAAUGCAAAUAAAGCAAAAAAUAGGCAGUAUUUCUUUAAAGGGGAAUAUACGAUGGCUUUUUUUUUUUUUUUUUUUUUAGCGUACACACGCUGCUUCUGAUGAAGUCUGUGAGUCAGGCUGUUUCUGAGCGCCGAUAGUUUAAUGGAAAGAUUUAUAUACCGGCUGUAUUAUUUACUUUGGGAGGGGAGGUGGCAGUAUAAGGGUAUGCUAAUUAGUAGGAGAUUUUGGGGGGAAGGGGUGGAAUAUCAAUUUUUAUUGCAUCACCUGUCAGGAGUGUCCAAUCAGCGUUGGCUUUAGGGGAAUUAAUUGAUGAAGGUGUCUCCGGACGAGCUCACUUCACUCUGUCAUUUUAUUUGUAGCUAAAGCAGCGGCGGGAAUAGCAGCUGCAUUUCUUUUCUCUUUCUCCCUUCACAUUCCAUUAUCAUAGUGCUCCAAAGGAGAAGGAAGGAGUAGAGGGGCCCAGGUACUGAUCCGCAUCGAGGACUCAGACCAACACACUGGCAGAUCUGAAGCCGGAUGGUUUUUUCCCUCUUUUUUAAAAAAACGAAAACCAAAAAAAAAGCAAGAAUCAAGUCAGUGUAAUUUCAUGGGGUUUUUCUCCCCCCCAAUAAUUCGCCUAGAGUUUGGCACUCCCUUCGCCGGGAAUAACAGUCUUUGUUAUUUUAUUAGCAGGAUGCCUUGAGACACACGCAGCAUCUGGCGGAGGAUUAACAUACAUACAUGUGUAUGUAUGCGUCACGUAUAUAUUUACUGCAAAUGGUGGGGAUCAUUUAGUGCCCGAGAUGGGAGACCUGAAGUCAGGUUUCGAAGAGGUGGAUGGCGUGAGGCUCGGCUACCUCAUCAUUAAAGGAAAGCAAAUGUUUGCUCUCUCCCAAGUCUUCACAGAUCUGCUGAAAAACAUCCCGAGGACGACCGUGCACAAGCGCAUGGAUCAUCUGAAAGUGAAAAAGCACCACUGCGAUCUGGAGGAGUUGCGGAAACUCAAAGCAAUCAACAGUAUCGCCUUCCACGCGGCCAAAUGCACGCUCAUCUCCCGGGAAGACGUGGAAGCGCUCUAUACCUCCUGCAAAACCGAGCGUGUGCUCAAGACCAAGCGCAGGAGGGCCGGUCGGGCCCUGGCCACAAAGGCGCCGCCGCCAGAGCGCGCCGCCGCCGCCAGCCCCCGCCCGGCUUUUUGGAAGGACAAGCACCAACUUUGGCGGGGCCUGAGCGGAGCCGCGCGGCCCCUGCCAAUCAGCGCGCAGUCCCAGCGUCCGGGCGCCGCCGCAGCGCGCCCCGCCGCCCAUCUACCUCAGAUUUUUAGCAAAUACCCGGGCUCGCACUACCCGGAGAUCGUUCGCUCGCCUUGCAAACCCCCUUUAAACUAUGAAACUGCCCCGCUCCAGGGAAACUACGUCGCCUUCCACUCGGACCCCGCUUAUUUUCGGAGCCUGCUGUGCAGCAAGCACCCGGCGGCCGCCGCCGCCGCUGCCGCCGCCGCCGCCGCCGCUGCCGCCGCCGCCGCCGCCGCCUACUACCAGGCAUCGGCGGCCGGGCCCCAACCCAAGGCGGCGGCUGGAGCCGGAGGCCCGGUGAGCCUGACCUACCGCUGCAAGCGCAAGCGCGGGGGCGCCAAGAACUGCCUGCUCGCACCUCACGCCGGAGCCCGGAGACUGCUGCUGCUGCCCAGGUCCUACAAAGCCAAGGCGGCGGCGGCGGCUGCUGCAGCGGCGGCGGCGGCGGCGGCCGCCGGGGCCACUUGCUUGGAGAGGUUUCAUCUGGUCAACAGCUUCUGCCCGCCUCCCCCCCACCACCACCACCACCAUCACCAUCAUCACCAUCAUCGGGCCCAGCAGCCAACGCCGAGUCACCACCCCCCUCACCACCACCGACCGCAGCCCCAUCUAGGAAGCUUUCCCGAGAGUUGUAGCAGCGACUCCGAGUCCAGCUCCUACUCCGACCAUGCAGCCAACGAUUCGGAUUUUGGCUCCAGUUUGUCUAGCUCCAGCAACUCGAUGUCCUCAGAGGAAGAGGAGGAGGAAGGAGAGGAGGAGGAGGAAGAGGAGGAGGAAGAGGGGGGCAGCGGGGCCUCGGAUUCCAGUGAAAUCAGCUCCGAGGAGGAGGACUCGUCCACCGAGUCAGACUCCAGCUCCGGCUCCAGCCAAGUGUCAGUUCAGAGCAUCCGUUUCAGGCGCACCAGCUUCUGCAAGCCUCCCAGCGUGCAGGCGCAGGCCAACUUCUUGUACCAUCUGGCCUCCGCCGCUGCUGCAACCAAACCCGCUGCUUUCGAGGAUGCGGGCCGACUUCCCGACCUCAAGAGUGGUGUCAAAGCCGAGUCGCCGGAGGAGUGGAAUCUGCAGGGUUGGGCUCCCAAAGGGGCUCCGGUGUACUGCCCGGCCAGCAUGGGGAGUUGUUUCCCAGAGAUAAGAAACGAUAGGGUGUCUGAGAUUACAUUCCCACACUCUGAAAUUUCCAGUACUGUAAAGAGAACUGACCUGACAAUUAACUGCCUGGCAGAGGGGGCCUCUUCACCUAGCCCAAAGACAAACAAUGUAUUUCCACAACAAAGAAUACUGCGAGAGGCUAGGAAAUGCCUACAAGCAACUCCUACUACACACUGUUCAGAUAACAACACAAUAGCUGCUAGGUUCUUAAAUAAUGAUUCUUGUGGAACAGCAACAAAUUCAGGAAAAGAGUCCAAAAUCCCUCAUUGUCUUGAAUUUGCUAUGAAUUUGGUCUCUUCGCAAACUGAUCCCGAAGUGGAUGCAGCAGCAGCAACAGCAGCAGCAACUAAAGCUGAGAAGCUCUGCACUGACACGGGCGACAAGACAUUGCCAUUUCUGCACAAUAUUAAAAUCAAAGUAGAAGACAGUAGUGCUAAUGAAGACUAUGAACCUGAUCUCAUUACAAGCAAGCUGAAGUGCGAGUGCAAUGAUACAAAGGGGGAGCUUUACAGUAUGACUGGGAAGACAGAGGAGGACGCCUUCCUAACCACAGCCAAGGAAGCUUUUGCAUGCCCUGAGAAAGAAACUCCUUCCUUAAACCCACUGGCUCACAGUCAGGGCCUUUCAUGCACUUUAGGAUCUCCAAAACCUGAGGAUGGGGAAUAUAAAUUUGGUGCCAGGGUGAGAAAAAAUUACCGGACACUAGUACUGGGUAAACGACCAGUCCUUCAGACACCUCCAGUCAAACCAAAUUUGAAAUCCGCUAGAAGCCCUCGUCCUACAGGUAAAACUGAGACACAUGAAGGAACACUGGAUGACUUUACAGUUUUAAACAGACGCAAAAAGGUAGCCAGCAAUGUAGCAUCAGCAGUGAAAAGGCCAUUUAAUUUCAUGGCAAAUUUUCCUUGUCCACCAUCACUCAUUGUUGGGAAGGAUGGGGAUUUGUGGCCAGCGUAUUCCUUAAGCACCACCAAGGAUUCGCAACCUCCUCACAAGGCCCAUCCUGUCUGGAAAUGGCAGCUGGGCGGUUCUGCAGUACCUCUUCCACCUAGUCACAAAUUCAGGAAAUUUCAUUCAUAAAAUGUUUGGGAAGAUAUUUUCUUGAACCAUAUUACCUUCCUUUUGUUGUAAACUGCACAGGAUGGCUUGUACAAGUCCAUUAAUGGUGUUACACCCCCUUUGGAGUCCUGGUUUAUCGCAUUUUGAAGACAGAAAUCGGAUUACUUUUUUUUUCCCAUUGCGGGUUUUUUUUUUUUUUAGUAGGGUGGGGGCGGGGUGGGAGAAGGGUUGGUUUACAUACCACAGACUACUUCAGGCUAAAGACUCAAGUAAAACUCAGUUAUUACGACAGAGCUGGAACACUUUACUGUUUCAAUGCUAAUAAUGCACCGGUACCUCAAUUCAACUGCUACAAAUAAAUGUCAAAAGGUUGAAUAAUAAAUAUUACAAUGAGCCAUUAAGUUUAUGCACUAGAUUUCAGACCUGCAAGUGUAACUGGUAUUCAGUGAAAGUUUGUUAGGUUACAUGGUUACACAAUGAGGUAGCAAGAAGUUUCUGUGAGCCCAAAAUGUCAUUUUCUGGAGCUCUUAUGUGUGGGGUGUCUUUUUUUAAAAACUACCCUUAUUCCCUUUCCAAGAGUAGUUGCACUUAACUUUUUUUUUUAAUGGAAAGAUUAGGGUAUGAGCCCUGAUUGGAUGCUGAUUUAAAAGCUGCCUCUUGUGUAAGAAGUAAGAGAAAUAUGGGAUUGUUUUUGUUUUUGAAGAUGUGCUUUUUUUUAAAAAAAAAAAAAACUU